UACCCAGUGGUGUAGUCCAGGGUAUACGCGGGUAUACGGCGUAUACCCACUUAUUUUUCAGUCAGCAUUGCGUAUACCCACUUCUAAACCCCCCCAGAUGCGCACCAUUCAGUAGUAUCUGCAAGCGAAAUCGCCCACUUUUCCCCGGUGAAGCCAUGACCCACGCUACUCUGCCACUUAUUGGCUCGCUGUACUGAUUAGUUUGUUUAACUGUAGGCAUGACGACGAAUUAGCCAAUCGGAGGGAGAGAAAGGCGGGUCAUGCCGUAGUAAUAUAGUAAAUAUCGCGAAAGACAAAUUUACAUAGCUAGUAUACUUUUACAAGUUUACUUUAAAUGAUUUUCUAUAAUAAUCCGGUAAAAUGAAGCGAGCUAUCCAAACAAAAAAUUUAUUUGACAAUUUCAAAAGUCCUCGCAAAUCAAUAUCAGCCAGCAGCUCAGCAGUUAAUGUUAGCGAUCGUACACCGGUACAGUUACCGUUGACGCCCGCUCUGCCCCCCGCCCCCGUCGGAGAGGAGGCUGUCAGUGAAGGAGAUGCUGCCUCUCCGCCCACAGCCAAAGAUGCCGGUACAACUUCGGAUGAAGACGUCAACUACGACAUUAAUAAUGACUGGCCAGACUUGUGGACUGCCAAACAAAAAGAAGAUUUUAAAUGCAAGAACCCCUGGUUGGGAUCCAAAAACAAAAAAAUGGGAUGUCUGGUCUGUAGCAGUGUGAACUCCAUUGGGAUCAACAAGGAGCAAGGUGUAUCACUCUCAAGAGAAUGGAUGAACUUUGAAAUUCAAGUGUCUGGCCAGGGAAGUAGAACAACAAGUCUGUCUGUCUUGAGAAAUAAGGUGAGGAAACAUGCUUUGUCUAAGGCCCACACUCAGGCAGUGAACGUGGCAGAGCAACAGGACAAAGCUGCCAUUGAGAAUGCAAUGGAGGUUAUGACUGAGUCCUACAUGAAGGAAACUGAAGCCGUGUUUCGAACGGCCUACCAUAUUGCCAAAAAAAACCGACCCUUUUCUGACCAUGAGAGCCUCAUCGAGCUGCAGGAACUGAAUGGUCUAAAUAUGGGCACAAUACUUCAUUCACGUUACAGUGCAACACAAAUAAUGCAACAUGUUGCCAGUGAGAUGCAGAGCAAAAUUGUCAGUAACAUUAUAGCAUCAUCCAGUAAGUUGGCUGUCCUAAUUGACGAGGCAUCUUCUUUAAGUCACAAAGCUGUCAUGACAGUUUCAAUUAAGGCAUCAAUUCAAGAAGAAAGCCCUGAGUUCAUAUUCAUUGAACUUGUUGAACUGGAAAAUCAGAGAGCAGAUGGCAUAGAACAGGCGUUACUCACCUGUUUAACUAAUGCUGGCUUUACAGAAGAGUGGCUACAUGAAAACUGGGUAACAUUUGUAUCUGAUGGAGCCAUUGUCAUGUUAGGAAAGAAGUCAGGAGUAGCAACCAGGCUGACCUCGAGAUUCCCGAAGCUUUUUGUAUGGCACUGCAUGAACCAUAGACUUGAACUCGCUGUGUCUGAUGAAGUUGAUGAGGUAAACUCUGUCAAUCAUUUCAAAACUUUUAUCCAGAAGCUAUAUUCUGUGUAUAGUAUGUCAAACAAAAAUGAGCGUGGACUCAAAAAUGCAGCAGCUGAAGUAGGCUCACAACUUCUUCGCAUUGGCAGAAUCUUGGAUGUACGCUGGGUGGCCAGUAGCUUUCGGACUGUUCGUGCUGUUUGGACAUCCCUGGGAGCUCUUGUGCAGCACUUUAAAAAUGCUUGCUGUGAUGAGACAAGGUCCACCAAAGACAGGCAAAUGUACAGAGGUUUACUAGACCGUGUUCAAAGUCCAGAAUUUAUUUGUGACCUUGGGCUCAUGUAUGACACACUCCAUGAACUAAGUCUCCUGUCACAGGAGCUUCAGUCUCAUUCGAUAACUCUGCUCAGAGCUGAGCAUCUGCUGAAACGCUCAAUCAGAGUGAUCCAGUCAUUCAAAGAGAGUCCAGGUGAGAAAUAUAGUGAGGCUUUAGAAGCAAAAAAGACUGGGGAGUAUCGGUCUACAACACUGAAAACAAUGGCAAAGCUGAGGUCUAUCAAUCCAGGCCAGUUCUUACAAAGCCUUGUGAACAAUCUGGAGAAACGCUUGUCUUUUGAGGAUGAGACCAUCAAGGACCUCAGCAUCCUUGAUCAGAGUAAAUGGCCAUCAAAGCCCAGCAUCCGCCAUGGUGAAGAACAAAUUAAGCGACUAUGCAAGCGAUUUAACCUGUGCAAGGACCAAGCACUGAAUGGGAUGCGGGACCUACUGGAACAGCCCACUAGUGAGCCCAAGGAUCUAAAACCACUCAUGAACUGUAUGAAAACAUUCCCUGUCAGUACAGCAGAGUGUGAGAGGAACUUUAGCCUUAUGAACAAUAUAUGCUCAGACAAAAGGGCUGUCCUACUGAUCUCAAACAUAUCAAACUUGAUGAUGAUUAAUAUCAACGGCCCGCCUACUUCCAAGUUUGAUCCUAGAAAGUAUACAAGGACCUGGUUGAAGAGCCAUCGUGCUGCCUCUUCUGUGCGUUCUAGACAGUGCAGUGUGAAAACUCCUGCAGAAAGCAAGUCUGUCUGGAAUAUACUGUAGUAUGAUCAUGGUUAGAAACCCAGUACUGGGCUCAGAGAGCAUAUCACUAUUGAUGUGUUGUAAAUGCAUUUAUAUUUUUUCUUUGUAAACUAAAUAUUGUUGUUUUGUCACAUAUUGUUUUGUUGAAUAAUUUCAAUGAUGAUGUUCAAUCAUCAUAUGAUAUUUAUGUAUAUAUUGAUAUACUACAUAUCUAACGAGAUGAUUGUUGUGGAAGAGAAAUAAUCUAAUGUUUAAUCUAAGGUGAAAUAUGAAUAAGGAUGCAUUGUCAAAAGUAGUAUGUUAUUUAAAUAAAUGUUCAAAAAAUUA